AUGACGAAGGGAUCGCUGGGGAGCCAGCAAAUCAAAAGCACUAAGAACAAAACCAUCUUGCUGAACAAGAAGCUGCUGAUCGUAAAGUCCAAUGAAGACAUUAAGAAGUUGAUUAAAAAAGAAAAUCCGACAGAGGAAGAAGUGAACGAAUUGAAAGCAGUAUUGGAAAAUGAUGAAACGUAUACAAGUAAAUUAAAAAUAUUUGAGAAGCCCUCACAUUACAUCAGGUAUGAACUUUAUAAAGACCAAGUGACAGGGAUCAAGUUAACAGACGGAUCUAUUAUCCAUUACGACCUAUUAAAAGAAGACGAAAUAUUUCUUCAAAGUCUUAACUCUUCCAUCAACAUACAAGUGAAUGAUGAAGACUUUUGUAAGCUAAUUGAUAAAUUUGAAAAACUAACAGGUUACUCAGAAAACAAAGAAGAAAUAAACUUGAAGGAUGCAAUAAAAGCUGCUGCUGAUUUGAGAAUCACUCUUAAGAGUAACGUUGUAAAGGAUAUCCAUACGUACUGGAAGAGUAAAAGAAAAAGAUUAGGCAGACCACUGCUUCGAAUGUUUUGGAACAGCUCUCAAAAUAUUUUGCCACACUAUUCAGUCUUCAGAUCGAGAGUGAAAGAAAAAAUGACACUGCGGAAACACAAGAAAAAGAAUAGCGAAAUUAUUUUGAAGAUGCAGGAACUUAUUGAAGAUUUUAGAAGACUGGAUCGAAUAUUACGCAAAAUGAAGCAAAGGGAUGAAAAGAAAUUACUCCUCCUACAGUUGAACUCCAUCCUUUUUGAUCAGAGAAAAAAUGAAAUAAGGGACAAAACGUAUGUCUGUCCUAUGUGGAAUUACUUUAAAGAUUACAAAAUGGAGAAAAUUUACAAAAAGUUUAAGAAGGACAAAUAUUACAAGAGCUUGUACAGCGGCGCCAACACGGGCAGCCACCACAGGGGCAGUGGUCACCAUGAGAGCGGUCACCAUGAGAGCGGUCACCAUGUGAGUGGGCACCAUGUCAGCGGCCAUCACUCCAAGAGUCAUCACUCACAUGACACGCACCACUCUCACCGCUCUCACCACGCACAUAACAGAUCGUGCGCCCACAUCCACAAGGAUUCCAUCGUUAGCAGGAAAAUUAACAAAAGAGCAAAGAGCCAAGGGCUAUGCGAACAAAUGAAUGUGAUCAAAAUAAAUAAAAGUGAAUACAAAAACGUAGUCCUUGUUAAGAGGCGAGGCAGAAGCAACAGAAUAUGGAUAGACCGAAAAUUCGUCAACGACAUGAAUAAGGAAGAUAUUAAUUACUGCGAUUUAUCCUACACCUUUAAGGACUUCGUGGAGGCCUCCGUCAAUUUAGAAAAAAAUUACGAAGAGGAUUUAACCAAUUACAUCUCCGGAAGGCAGAAACAUAUACCCAUCAAGUUGGGCAUCAACAGUGGUGACAUUAAAAAUUUGGACUCCAACUUUUUUAGCAAUCACAGGAAUGGGGAGCAGAAAACUGGGGGUGACGGCGGGGGUGUAGUGGAGGUGGACACAGCAGCGAUUAGUACCACUGCGAUAGGGACAUCUGCAGUCGGUGACAGAGAAGAGGGUGCCAUCCUCGUGCAGGGGUCCGAAGAAAUGAAAAAGGAAAAAAAAAAGAGGAAAAGAAGAAAAGACUCGAAAAAUGUCGCACCGAGCACCUCGUACGACGCGACCAAUGCAUUUACUGCCCAACCAGUGGAAGACGAGUUAGCCGCAUCGCAGAAAUAUGCUAACGCUACCACCAGCGUAUUAUCCGUGGAAGGAGGUAAUAACAAUCUUGACUACCCCUCAAUCUAUAACAACCAAAAGGAAGGCAAAAGAUUUAUUAAUUUCAUGCAUAACAAAGGAGACGCAGAAUUAAUAGCAAGUAGCUCCCUGUGGGGAAAGUAUAACACGAAUACGAAUGAAGCAUUGAAUGGGAAAACAAAACCCUAUGACGAUGAAUCACCUUACCCACUGAUAAGUCCUGCUAACGAUAAGGUGGAGAAUGCACUGAAUGAAUCGAAACUUAUAACGAAUGAAGAUCCAAACAAUAAAAAUGAAAAAUCAAAUUCGGUUCACAGCACUGAACAGGCAAGUUACAGCAAAGCGCUUUUUCAAUUUGAUGAUUUGGUUAAUCCACAGCUCAAUAGGGACAACUACAUUUUUUGUUUGAGCAAAUAUGCAUGUGUACAGAAACGAAUUUUAUUUUAUCUCGAAAAUGUACUUAAUUUUGAUAACUAUAAUUUUAAGAGCAAGAAAAGGGAAACCAACACCAGUGUUCCUCAGAGCACGUCCAAGUCUGCGCCACCGGUGGAGCUUGCCCCAGAGGGGGAAAACACGGACAAGGUGAAAGAGAUGCAAGAGGUGCGAGAGGUGCGAGAAGCUCGUGAGGUAGUCGACUUGGUGGAGCUGGAUGAUAAGCCAAAAGAGGGAAUCGAGGCCGGCGUACCUGACCCAGCUAACGUACUGCACAUCGACACGCAUAAUUAG